AUGUUUCACCUCGUGCAGUGGGCGCCAUCGCUUCGUUGCAGAGUGACUUUGCUUGAAGGGUUAGGAGCUCGAUGCUCACAGGAACAUGAAGCUGCGGUGUUCAAGACAAGCAGAAUACCGGACCAGCAACAGUUGCCGGCGCUGGUCGAAAGCUGCUUUACAGAGGCAUUCCCCUUUGUGCGCAGAUGCAGUCAAUGCAGUACCAAACCAUUUGAAGAUUUGUGUGGAGGAAGGGAUUGCACUCGUGGCUUGCCGUGCUUCAAGCGUUGCCGAGCCCUGCUGUGGAAUGAGUUCUCAAACCUUUCUUGCAGGGCCCCAGCCCCGAAGUCCAGUUUCAAGGGCCGGCCCAAAGGCCUUUGUUUUUUAGUUCACAGGACGAGUGUUUUUUGUGUCACGCGAGCUCUUUUGCUUGUGGUUUUCGAUGUUUUACGUUUUUGGACGGUCUGCUCGAACUCCUUGUCAUCCUGUCCGUCCUUGCUUGGAUUUGUUGCAAUGCGGAUUGGGCCCAAGCUGGGUGAGCAACACCCGCAAUAUGAAAUGAGGCGAUCCUCAGUGCGUCAAGCAUGCCACGGUGUCCACUUCGUUGUGCUGUGCAUUUGUUUGACGAAUCGCUGUGCGGACAGCUGCAAUCCUGAGCAGUGCAAGAGUCUGGUGACCAAUUUGAAGGAUUGCGUAGACACUGCGUAUUUUGGUGGAGGAGACAAUUUGAUCGCACUGUGCGCAAGGGAUGAUGGGGCCAAGCUUGCGGUGAGGCUCUCUGUGGUGGAGGACAUUCGGCCCAAGUCAGAGUAUGACAGCUUUCGAACCAUGUACUUGUUUAGCAAGGAUUUAGCUAGAUCUCUUUGCGGGCAUGAUUGGAUCCAGUCCCUGAUUGUGCCGAAGCUCCGCAAAGCCAUGCAGCAAACCUCGGUGCGGCGCAUUCUCAGAACGAGUGAGUAUCAUGGAGAAAUCCGCUGGAGAGACGAGUUUUUAUGGAGGAAGAUGGUGUUUGCCCCAGCACCGUCCCUGCACGAAUGUUUGGCUUGUGUGCAGAUAUGUUCCAGAGUGCCUGUGCUGAAUCAAAACCAUCAGCGUGUGGCGAACCUAUCCAGGUCAGUCCAGAUCGGGAUCAGCAUCAUGAAAGGUGUCGAUGGGUCCUUCAAAAGCGUAUAUGAAAAGCUGACAGUCCAAGCCAUUUCCACUAUCUUGGUAGGGUACCACUUGGACCUUGCCACAAUGGCAGACUCGAACCACUUCCAUGAUGCACACGAAGGCAACGUGCUCCUCUCUUUGUCUGGCGUAGAUUUUCCAGAGAUCCGCUGGCAUGACUUCGGGGGCAGUUAUAAGCCUGCGGGCGGGUUGGUCACGCCAGCUUUGACCGCUGACUUUGUGGGUAAGAUUGAGCGCUUUUCCGACACAGGGAUCAACCAUAUCAGGAUGACACACCAAGAUUUUGCCUCAAGACUGAAUGAGACGCGCAAGAAGUGCACUUUAGUCGGGCAAGAGAUGGUACUGGUGCCAUUGUGUUUGCGUCAACGCGCUUUCAGCUUGGUGGAAACCAUGCUGAACGCGGACGUCAUGGACACCUCGGCCCAGCGAAAGCUCUUGGAAAAGAUUUCGCUGGGAAUGCCCGAGCUGUCCCAAAAGGAGCUGUGGCGACAGUUCUUUGCAGGCAGUGCCGCCUCGCAACCACCCCCAGCAGUGUGGGUCUGUCAGCUGGGAAGCCCUGAUGGCAAGGACUUUGAGAUCGUCGGCAACGCAUUCAAAAUCACUGCUAGUGUUUCAGAUGUGGAUGACUUGAAGAAGCCAUCGAGAAGAAGGCGAAGCUGA